AUGACAUUGAAUGAGCAUCUACUUGACCAUCCCCUUCUUGGCAAAGUUCGGGGACAACAACAUGAUCAGACUGUACAGUUUCUUGGAGUGAAGUAUGCUUCACUAGCUGGAAGGUUCUCACCACCGGUACUGUACAAUGGGAGUCAGGGGGAAACCUUGGAUGCGACGAAGAUAGGCCCGGCGUCACCAUCGCCAUCCAAUGGCAUCGAAAACGAGUUUUCACUCAUACAGCAGGCCCUUCCUUAUCCUCAAAUUGAACAAUCCGACCUGGACUGCUUGAAUUUGAACAUUACGGCCCCCAAAUAUGCUUCAUACAACCUUCCCGUUGUAGUGUUUGUACAUGGCGGUGGAUUCAUGAUUGGUUCCAAUGCCUGGCCACAGUAUGAUUUUCGCCGUCUGGUGGACUUGUCUAUUAAGGAAAGGUCUCCAAUCAUUGGGAUCAAUAUUAACUACCGACUGGGUGCAUUUGGAUUCCUCUACAGUGAGGAACUAGCUAAAUUUGGGGGGAGUCAAAAUAAUGCCCUCCAUGACCAACGCACGGCAUUACUUUGGAUUCAAAAGUACAUCGCAGGUUUCGGUGGUGAUCCAACCAAUGUCACCUUUGUUGGAGAAAGCGCUGGUGGGGUAUCGGGAACUUUGCACCUUCAUUCGAAGUUACCAUUAUUCAAGCGACUUGUCAGCAUGGGUGGCACAAACUUGCUAAUGAAGCCUUUGCCAGAGAGCGUCAAUGAGCAAAAUUAUGAGAAAGUUUUGCACUUGUUGAACCUCUCCAAUCUCCCUGCUCAAGAACGUGUCAAGGCCUUGCGUGACAUGCCAGCAGAGGAUAUUUUGGCUGCAUUACCGCCGGGGCUUCCCUUUCUGCCCACCUCUGGUGGUGAUCUAGACCUACCAGUCACCGACUUUGAAGAAACCUAUCUGGGUGAAUCUCAAGGUAUUAUGCACCCGGGAAAAUCGUGGUGCAAGGAUAUUAUGAUUGGUGAUUGCCAAAUGGAUGGAAGCAUCCUUCUUGCAAUGAUGGGGCCUCCCAAACCAGCUCUUGUUCAAAGAUUCAAAGACUCCUUUGAACGGUUUCUGGGAUCCAAGGACGCCUUAUCAGUCUUUGAAGCGUACGGUAUCACCGAAGCUGCGUCCGAAGAGGAGGCUGAGAUGGCAAUCUGGAAAUUCGGCAACGAUAUCUGUUUUCUUGCUCCAGUCUUGGUCUACGCUCAUGGCUGGGAUCAAAAUGCCUAUAUAUUUUUUUUCAAUGAGCCCAACACAUGGGAAGGGCAGUGGAAGGGAUAUGCAAACCACCUUCUCGAUGUGGCGUACCUGUUCCAAAAUUACAACGAAUCUUUGACAGAAGAUCAGCGCAAGACAGCCAACAUUUUCGGAAAGGAUCUCAUUCGAUUUGCGAACGAACGAUCUCCUUGGCCUGUGUUCAAUUUUGCUGCCAAAGAGCUGAAUGCAAAGGUUUACGGCGCGAAGGAUCUCCAGCAAGCCGCAGCUCGGGUCGAGAUCAUACCAGGCCCGAAUAGCAGAUCUGAAAGACGGCAGACCAUUUUUGAACUUUCUUUGUUAAUCCCCUUGACUAGGAUGUCAGACGCAUUGGCUUCUUUUAUGAGUGGCAAUUGA